UGGUCCCACAACCAAACCAAAGCUCUGCUGGUACACUAGGUGUCAGUGAGUCAUGGCGAUCUUUAAACACGUGUUGUUUAUCUCAUCUUUGAUGCCGCUGAUAUUGAGCUACCCUUUCUACCCUCCAACAUGCUAUACUAAGGUGCUGAGCAUGGCCCGGGACCUCACCCAGUGGGCAGCAGAUUUGAAAAGGGACCCAGAGACUAGUUACUGCAUGGCACGCAUGCCAAAUCUCUACAUUGAUGUUCAUAAUGGUUGUGUGAUGUACAAAAUGAGCACCUACCUCCAAAUGGUGGAGGGCCUGCGACAGCGCCGCUGUGCUUACACCAGAGACGUAAGGAAGCUGGGUGUCACUAUGCGACAGCUCUUCAUCAUCAUGUCAGAGAGAUGCCACGGGGACUUGGUGUUCACAGCCUUUGACUGCUCUGCCCUGGAGCGCUGACAUCCUGGAUGCUGAAAUAUUUCAAGCUGCUCACCGAGAACGUUGAUAGAGAGACAGCGAGAGUCUCAGUGGACAUUCUUUAUUUCUUCAAGUAAUGACAGUAUUGUAAAAAAACAAAACAAAACUGGAAGACACGAGUAUGAGAUCACCUGAGUAAACCA